AUGUAUCUGAUUACUGCUGUCUGCAUUGUGAUGAGCUUUUUUGAAGAAGCAGAUAGUUUCUGCCCUUCUCAGUGCAUUUGCAUUUACCAUGGCAGAAGUGACGGCACUGGAACAAGGUCUGUGCUGUGUAAUGAUCCUGAUAUGUUUGAAAUCCCUGUAAAUGUUCCAGUGGACACUGUAAAACUCCGAAUAGAAAAGACCGUCAUCCGAAAGAUCCCAACAGAAGCCUUCUACUACUUGGUGGAUCUCAAAUACCUGUGGCUCACAUACAACUCUGUGGCAAACAUCGACACCAGCAGCUUUUAUAAUUUAAAACAGUUGCAUGAGUUGCGUCUGGAUGGGAAUUUGCUGUCAAAUUUCCCUUGGGAAUCUUUGGCUGAGAUGCCCAACCUCCGAACCCUUGACUUACACAACAAUAAAGUGACCAGUAUUCCGGCCGAGGCUGGCAAAUAUUUGAGAAACCUCACUUACCUGGACAUUUCUAGCAACAAAUUAACCUCCUUGCCAUCUGACCUCAUGGAUAUCUGGCUUCCAUUUUCUGAAACAGCAACAUCCAGAAACGUAGACUCCAUAGCACAGAGGAUCAUAUUAGGUUUGCAGGACAACCCGUGGUAUUGUGAUUGUCGGAUAUCCAAGCUAAUUGAACUAUCCAAAAUUGUGGAUACUGUUGUUGUGCUUCUGGACCCAUUUGUGGCUUGCAGUGGACCCGAGAGCCUGGCUGGAAUCCUAUUUCAAAGGGCAGAGCUGGAACAGUGUUUGAAACCAUCAGUAAUUACUUCAGCCACAAAAAUCACCUCGCCUCUGGGAAGCAAUGUUCUACUACGCUGUGACGCAACUGGCUAUCCCACCCCACAACUCACCUGGGUUAGAUCAGACAACAUACCAGUGAACUAUACAGUUAUUCAAGAAAGUCCAGGAGAGGGUGUAAGAUGGUCCAUCAUUAGCUUGACAGGCAUUUCCUACAAGGAUGCAGGUGACUACAGGUGUAAAGCCAAAAAUUUGGCUGGAAUGUCAGAAGCUUCUGUUACUGUCACUGUGGUUGGUGUUAUCACCACGACAGUGUCGCCACAAAAAUAUGGGAAAAAGACUGAAGCAGACCAGCAAAACACCACCCAAGAAGAGAUCAAGCAAGAACCCUUAAAUGCGACGACUGCUGCUUCUACAGUAUUGCCUACGACCACCUCUUCUCCUACCACACUGGCUGCCACUGAAAGGUCUACAACCGAAAGAGCCACUGACAAAAAACAACUCAAGUCCAUGCCUGAUGGAAAAAAGGUUUCUAAGGCAAUUACCAAUGGAAGCAAAAAACAGCCGGGUGACAUUAGUAAGAAAGAUGGUGCUGCAUCGCUCACUCCAGCAACAGCAGCAAUACAAACUGUUGCAGUAAAAAACCUAAGAGUCAUUCCUGAAACCGACGAAAGGGUUACCUUAAUGUGGAAAACCGUCAAUGCCUCCAACAACUCUGCUCUGACAGUGUUGUACUCAAAGUACGGGGAGAAAGACAUGCUGCCACUGAGCAUGGACCCCACCAAAAACAAAGUCACAAUAGAUGGUUUGGAACCCAGUACACAGUAUAUGGCUUGCGUCUGUCCCAAAGGGAUUCCUCCCCCAAAGGACCAAUGCAUCAUUUUCUCUACGAAUGGAAUCAGAAUGGAAGAGGAUUCUCAGAUUUCCAUUUUGCUGGUGGCCAGUGGGGUUGCCUGUGUAAUUGUUCUACCGUUGAUAUUUUUUUUACUUUAUAAAGUCUUAAUGCUUCACAGAAAACCCAAAUCCACCAGGGAAGCGGACCUUGCGAAAGAAACCUAUGUCAAAUUUGAAACUCUUUCCUUGAAACCACGUUCAGUGGGGGCAGGUGGAGAGCUUUGGGCCCGUCGGAACACUGAAGAGUCCGAACGACUGCUCCUUUGUUCUAGGUCAAGUAUGGAUUCUCAGAUGACCUUCAAAAGUGAAGGUUCAAGGUCGGAGUACUUCUGCUGA